AUGACAGCAUUGUGUUCGGCGACCAAGUCGGCAACGUGGCUGCACCGAGCGCAGUCCGUUGUCCCUGUGUCCAUGGAGAAUCGAAGUACCAUGCGAGUGUAUGCACAAGACGAAUCCCCCAUCCGUCACAACCUACUUGACGCCGCCAACCACAAACGGACGUCCAAGGCGAUGAUGCUUCCCUUGCACAUUGGGACUGGUGGAGUCGAGUUGAAAGUGGACGAGUUUGUGCCCAAGACCUACAGGAAGUACGCAUCCUCAUUGCCCAGCGUACCCGCAUGUCCGGUUGUUCCGACAAAGGAUAUUCCAUCUCCCUCAGUGGCAACAGAAAUCCCGGAGGAAAAAUUCCCUGGUCCAUUAACCGAGAAUCCAGACAUGGAGAGUACUCGCACGUCUGUAAACGUUGUUCCCAUUGCUCCUACUGCGACGACGAGCGACCUCCUGGGCAGAAGCGUCCGCAAGUUCUUUGAUGGGUUUGGGUGGUAUGAUGGCAAGGUGACAAGUCGAUGGGAAUCCCUCGAUUACGGAGAACAAUUCCACGUGGUGUACACUGACGGCGAUUCCGAAGACUUGACCCUCGACAUGCUGUCACCGCUCCUGCAGCCAACUUCUCCGAUCCGUCUAGCGACAGAACCAAGUGCCGUCAGCCGUCCAUGUGUUGCCGAUGGUGUCCAGGGCAACGGGGUUGACUUGCCAGCCAGUUGCUCGCUGCCAACCAAAGCCGCCCUUCCUCAAGAGCCUUCCCGCCGUCGUCGAAAGAGUCCGCUACCGGCGGCAUCCGCAUCCCCAAAUCAGCGAGUGACACGUGGUCCAUCAAAGGUGCCGUCGCUCCCAGCUACGUCGUCAGUCCAUGAGCUUGCUUCGUCGGCGCCUCGGGCGACUUCCUUCCCUCGUCCAGCUGAAGUGCUCGACUUGACCGCAUCCGAUGACGAACUUGUGUCGUCGUACUCGUCCAUGCCGCCUCGGAGUGUCCAACCCCAGUUCCACCACCAGCCUACCCACGCAACGCGACGGUUUACUACCCCAGAAUACCACCAGAAGCCUCAAGCCUCAUCGCGGCAGUUGCCUCCCGUCAUGUCCCUUGGUUUCGGAGCAGCCGCGGCGCCACCACAACGACAGCCCCAUCAUCCUGUCUCCAUGUCGUCACGACUGCCCAGCCCACAACAACACGCGGGAAGCCCCGCCGAUGCCUUGCGCUGGGAUGGUGGACCGACCUUCCAUCAACCAAACCGCCAUCGCAAGUUGCCAUCUAUGAGACGAGUCCUUCGUCCUGCUUCGUCCGACCCCCCUCCCCCUCCACGGCCGCAGGAGAAUCCUCGGCAGCCCACCCACCACCAACAACCUUACCCCCCCCCACCGCAGCAGCAGCAUGAGCAGAGACCCCGCCAUCCUUCUCGCCCCGUAGACUCGGACUGGAGAUCCGACGACUACGUCCGCCGAAAGCGCAGCAGCGACGCCUUGUCGUCGUCGUCUUCGUGGCAAGAGCCCCAUCAAGUCCAAAGUCGACGCCCCCCAAUCGACAACUCGCUGGUUCCACCGCCGAAAUUGCAUUUCCAACACCGCCGACAUGACAUGACAGCAGCACUACCUAACCAACGCCCCCAGCCCCUCGGUCGAGCCCCCAACCUCCUCGCUCGGUUGCCAUCCAUGAUGCCAGCCAACGGCGGACCUCCCCCGCCGAUAGCUGCGUUCAACGACAUGCUGUACGAUGCUAUCCAACGGGCGACCACUGUCGAGUCGUUUGGCCGCAAGUUUGUACGAGUGUUGCUCGACGAUCCGCAAUACGACAAUUUUAUGGACGUGACGAGGCUGAGCGUCCGGUGUGGGCAGCGGCGCUACCGCAUGCUCGAGCGCUUCAUGGAGGACGUGUGGCUGCUCUCCGACACGGCCAAGCACAUGUUCCCCGUCGACAAGGCGCUGCACGACCAAGCGGCGGCGUUUGUUUCCGCCUUGUCCAAUGUCCUGCGCGAGUUGAAGGUGCCGCUGCGAGCGCUCCAAGGCCAGUUGACUUGACAACGUUUGUGGUUAGGUAGUUUUGUUUAUAGUGUAUGGCACUAAACUCCUCCAAUAUAGUAUGGCACUAAACUCCCCCAAUAUAGUAACGUUAGUAGUAUGGCACUAAA